CAUCUCUGAGAUAUGUUAUAUGUCGUUGAUAAUUUCUGGUCUUGGUUCCUGAGAACCAAUCACUUCACAAGUAAUAAUGCAAAGGCAUUGUGGCCCUCUUGUGGGUAGGUCAUCUGGAUAGAGUUCCACUUAAAAGUAACAUACCUACCAUGGUACUGUUCCACGUGAGGAAACAUUUUAAGAACCAUAAACUAGCCUUUGUUGGUCAUCCAGAGCAACCUGGUUGAGCCAUGAAUAUUCUCUGUGGAAUUUGGGGUCAGGAUGCUAUGCUCUUGUGUGAAUUUGGGACAAAUCCCCUAACUUCUCCAAGCUUCGGUUUCCUCAUCUGUAUAGUGAAGGGAAUCUUCAUGAAACUGUUCUAACACUUAUAUUUAAGCAUGCAAGAGCACAAGUGCUUGUCUGGUGUGGUGGCAAGGUGCCUGUAAUCCGAAAGUGAAGGCAGGGACUUCAGAAGCCAACCUAUGCUACAAAAUGGGACACUGCUAAAAAUCGAUGGCUCAGAAAGUGGCUCAACGACAGAGUGCUUGUAUAGUAUUUACAAAGCUCCGGGCUUUCAUCCUUUGUACUGAGGACGGCAGGUGGGGAGAGCAGCUGCCCGCAGCAGUCAAGUCCACAACAAACAACCUGUAUCUAAAUGAAUUAUGGAGAAGAGAGUUGGUGCUGACAGUCAAUUGUCAAAAAAAUAAAAAUAAAAAUCUCCUUUAGGCUUUCAGGUUUAACAAAUGAGAGUGCCCAAUGACAGUCACAACUCCAAUUUAUCUGUGACCGAAGAGCAGAAUGGGAGAAAGGGAAAUGGGAAAAUAUAAACUAAUAAAGACAAAAGUGGAGAUGUGUAAACAGGGGAUUCUUAGAGAAGAAAGGGUAUGCAGGAGAAUGCCAGAACACUGUAACUUCAACCGACCCGGCCCUUAGAAAGGCUCUCAGCUCCGGGCUGAGCGACGACGCGGAGGAAGGCGGGGUUUCCAGACGUCUGGUCCAGGCUCGCAGGUUUUAAUGGGGCGGGACUUCCUGUCGGAGCAAGCCCCGUUACCUCCGGAAGAGCCGAAGACCGGAGCCCUCGGACGCCGGCGGUUGAGCAUCGAUCGCGGUGCGCUCGCGCGAGAUAAUGGCAGACCCUUGGCAGGAGUGCAUGGAUUAUGCAGUGAUCCUCGCAAGACAAGCUGGAGAGAUGAUUCGUGAAGCUCUAAAAAAUGAGAUGGAUGUCAUGAUUAAAAGUUCUCCAGCCGACUUGGUAACAGUUACUGACCAAAAAGUUGAAAAAAUGCUCAUGUCUUCUAUAAAGGAAAAGUACCCAUGUCACAGUUUCAUUGGUGAAGAAUCUGUGGCAGCUGGGGAAAAGACGGCCUUCACAGACAAGCCCACGUGGAUCAUUGACCCUAUUGAUGGAACAACUAACUUUGUGCAUCGGUUUCCCUUUGUAGCUGUUUCAAUUGGCUUCGUUGUAAAUAAAGAGAUGGAGUUUGGAGUUGUGUACAGCUGUGUGGAAGAUAAGAUGUACACCGGCAGGAAGGGGAAAGGCGCCUUUUGUAAUGGUCGGAAGCUUCAGGUCUCACAGCAGGAAGACAUUACCAAAUCACUCUUGGUGACUGAGUUGGGAUCGUCCAGAAAGCCAGAGACUUUACGGAUCAUUCUCUCCAAUAUGGAAAAGCUGUGCUCCAUUCCCAUCCAUGGAAUCCGGAGUGUUGGAACAGCUGCUGUUAAUAUGUGCCUUGUGGCAACGGGAGGAGCAGAUGCCUAUUAUGAGAUGGGGAUCCACUGCUGGGACAUGGCGGGGGCUGGCAUCAUUGUCACCGAGGCAGGCGGUGUGCUCAUGGAUGUCACAGGUGGACCAUUCGAUCUGAUGUCUCGGAGAAUAAUUGCCGCAAACAGUGUAGCAUUAGCCAAAAGAAUAGCCAAAGAAAUUGAGAUAAUACCUUUACAAAGGGACGACGAAAGCUAGUCACCGAGACCAGUGUCCAGCUUCAGUGUCACCCUUGCUGUCCCUGGGAUGUUUCAGGUGGAUGAUGUCACUGAUUUAAACUUAGCUUUGAGGUCCUGAUUUUAAAAUGGAAACUUUUUUUUACAGAUGACAUAUUCAAAAUUAGAUGGAAUAUUUGAUUAUUGAAAGAAAAUUUGCAUGUAGUAAUAUUCUUGGGGAAAAUAUACAGAAAGUAUACUUAAUGAACUAGCCAUUGAAAUUGUCCCUAGUCCGUAUGAUCCCCUUCAACUUAAUAUACGGUUUAUAUGCGUAAUUCUCAAUUACAAAGUUUUCUUUUUGUAAGCAGCUCUCUCUAUGUUCCAAAAGCCAUACUUGAUUAAGUGUGUAACAAGCAAGCUCUCCCUGUGCGGAGCCUUUGUGUUUUAUUGAUCACUGUAGUAAAGCACCUGGCACAGUACCGGGCCGACAGGAGGCGCCAGACGUUGGCGCCUCACAAUGCGUGCUCGAAGCUGCACUUGCUGCUCCUAAGUUGCUUCGUGUUUUGAGGUAAAAGUUACCUCACUGUCCUUUCUGUGUUUCAUAUUGCUAUGCCAUUUCACUGGAUCAUGCUGCCAGGGACGACUGCCUCUAGUGGGCAUUUCUGCAGUUAGUACACUGCUGUAUGUUGUAGGUUCUGCUUAAAGCCCCCAUGCUAGAGAGGUUUUCACAGACGUCUCCCAUGUACCUGGUAUAGUUAGUGGCAGCACUAUGUUUUACAAAACGCAGUAUUCACAUACUCUGCUGACCUGUGUAUUGUGGCGUUCACGGUGAACUUUUUGAUGUCUUUCCAAACUUGCUGAAUUUCAUCACUGCUAACUCUAGAUACUCUAUAAGGUCUUGGGUCUCUCAAACUCAAGAAAAUUUAACGGUUCCUGUUCCUUUGUUAAAGGGUUACUUCACUGUCCAGCCGUGGCCCUUGGCACGUGAACAGGCUUUUUGUUCUUAGUAUGUUUGAACCUUGCAUUUGAUGAAAUGAAGUGUUUUUUUAAGUUUCAAGGCAGUUAUCUUGGUUUUGGGGGGAUUUAAUAUAUUAAAUCUAUAUAAUACUCUGAUUUGGGCACUGGAAUUACUAUAUUUAUGCUGUUAAUUACAUGUAUUUAAAACAUCACGUACUGUGUAAAUUCUAUUACAAGAAAGAUUGCUUUGCAAUUAAAUUUAUUUUAAUUAAGACUUA